CUACCCUCGCCGCUGCAAUGCAAGAAGCUUCUGUUCCUGUUGCCUCUCGUCGCUCUCUUUGAGCUUUCUUCUUCCACCUCACGUGUUUUUCUUUCUUCGUCUUCGUGAGCGCCGCGACAUCCUUUUUCUUGGUCCUCCCUGGCGAUUCUUGGCCCUAGUCUCUGUUCCUGUCUUGGUCUGCAUUCGAUCUUCUCGUGCUUAAUCCAACUCAGCAGCAAUCCCAUCCCAUCUUCGAAUUGUGUUCCAUUGGCUCCUCGGCCUGCCUAAAUUCGAAACCUUUCUAUUUUCUCCCCCUUUAAUCCUAUCAAUUUCUUCUAAGGAAACCACAUAAAUAUCCAUUUCCAGAGAAACUCCUCAUAUUCUUCCCCCAUCGUAUACGCUGAACUCGUCCAUUACCAGUGCCCACAGCUCGCAUCUCCUUGUCUGCCUCUUCUGUUUCCUCUGAAUCGGGUGGUUUUAUUACCGCGGAUUCAGCUCAGCCAUGAAGUUUGCCAAGACGUACGAAACAUACAUGAGGGGGAUGGAGGCGGAGCUCCCCGGCGUGGGGCUGAAGCGGUUCAAGAAGAUGCUCAAGAAAUGCCGCUCCGAGCUCCGUUUGCACGAGGAAGCCGGCUCCUCCGCCGACGGCCAGUGCCCCGGGCAUUGCUCUGUAUGUGAUGGGAGUUUCUUUCCAAGUCUUCUGAAUGAGAUGUCAGCUAUUGUCGGUUGCUUCAACGAAAAAGCCAAGAAGCUGCUUGAAUUGCACUUGGCGUCAGGCUUCAAGAAAUACACCAUGUGGUUCACCAACAAGGGUGACAGGGGCCAUGGAACAUUGAUACAGCAAGGCAAAGACUUGGUUACAUAUGCAAUUAUAAAUGCCGUGGCCAUGAGGAAGAUUUUAAAGAAGUAUGACAAGAUACAUUACUCAAAGCAAGGGCAAGAAUUCAAAGCUCAAGCCCAGAGCCUGCACAUUGAGAUACUUCAAUCCCCAUGGCUCUGUGAGCUGAUGGCAUUCUACAUGAACUUGAGAAGGAGCAAGAAGAACAAGGCUGCAAUGGAGCUCUUUGGCGAUUGUUCCCUCAUAUUUGAUGAUGACAGGCCAACGCUCUCAUGCACCCUCUUUGAUUCUAUGCGUGUUGACAUUAGCUUGACAUGUUCUAUUUGCUUGGACACGGUGUUUGAUCCCGUCUCUCUUUCAUGUGGCCACAUAUUUUGCUACUUGUGCUGCUGUUCUGCUGCAUCUGUGACGGUUGUUGAUGGGCUAAAGUCUGCAGAUCACAAAUCAAAAUGUCCCCUAUGCCGACAGGAAGGGGUCUUUCGUGAUGCUGUGCACCUGGAUGAGCUCAACAUGAUGCUGAGUCAUAGUUGUCCAGAGUACUGGGAGGAAAGAAUGCAAUCGGAGCGAGUUGAACGUGUUCGCCUGGCUAAGGAGCACUGGGAGUCACAGUGCAGAGCAUUCUUGGGUAUCUAAACAGUGAGCUUGUAAUGAUAGAAACCGGUUUCUAUUUGUCAAGAUUGUUGUUUGUUAGAUCAAGCUUUGUCACAACUCUUGUGUAAUAAGAGUUGGAUCUAUCUAUCGCCUGUUGACAUGAGCGAGUUAACCUGUAAGAGGUUCACUUUUUGUGCUUCUGGCUAGCUGCAAAAGGAGGGAACAUAUGUAGUGGUUGUCCAAGUGCAGAAUUGUAAAUACAUUUACAUGUGCCCGUCUCGUUUUAGCUUUGUGAUUUUAGCCUAAAUUUACUGCGAUGU